CCUAGUAAUCCGUGGUGAAAAGGAUGAACAAGCAGUGUUGUGCAGCAAAGAUAAAACUUAUGACAUGAAAAUAGCAGAUACCUCAAAUAUGCUGCUGUUUAUUCCUGGGUGCAAAACACCAGAACAGCUGAAUGCAGAUCAAGCACCUUGUAAUAUUAUUCAUUCACAGAUUGCUGGCUUUGGCAAUAACUAUUGGGAAUUAAGGAGAUGUCGACCUAAACUGAAGAAACUGAGGAAGCUUUUAAUGGAAGAUCCAUAUGAAGGGCCAGAUAGCCGGAAAGAUCAGACUUUGACAUUUUCAAAGUAUACAACAGAAGAUUUGUUAAAUCUGAUUCAAGCAAGUGAAGAAGAAAUACUGCACCAACUGCAGGUUAUAGAUGCCUGCAAAAUUGAAGGAUAUUGGAGAAUUUUGGAAUUUGACUAUGAGAUGAAACUCUUGAAUCACGUGACUCAGCUAAUAGACUCAGAGUCCUGGUCUUUAAGUAAGGUUCCUUUACGUACCUGCCUUGAGGAACUUGGUUCUUUAGAGCCCACAGAGAUGAUAGAACAUAUUCUUUUAAGCUAUGGAAGGAAAUACAUUGAUGAUGCAGGGGAGGUUUACUUUGAAAUGCAUGAAGAUAAAAUAUGCAGAGCUAUAGCACACAUGCUUUUGCAAAAUGCAGUUAAAUUCAAUCUGUUGGAGUUUCAAGAAGUCUGGCAACAAAGUGUCCCUGAAGGGAUGACAACAAGGUUUGAUCAGCUUAAGGGCUUGGCUCUUGUGGACAAAAGCUCAAGACCAGAGACCAUCUUUCUGCUAAAAGUAGAAGACUUACCUGAAGACAAUCAGGAAAGAUUCAAUAGCUUAUUCAGCAUACGGGAAAAGUGGACAGAAGUGGAUAUUACCCCUUACAUACAAGACUUAUGUGCAGAGAAGCAGACAGUUGGUGCUCUUCUGACAAAAUAUGCUCGCUCCUCAAUGCAGAAUGGUGUUAAAGUUUAUAAUUCUAGAAGACCUAUCUCAUAACAAGUAUUAUUUUAAGAACUGAGAAUACUGAAUGGAGUAACAGUGAAUGUUUCUUGUUACUGCCUUCUGGGGAAAGGAGUUAUCAACCGAUAUUAUACAGUGUUCUUGAGUUUAAGCAGCUAAGCUUCUUGAACGAGUUCUGUUUUCUGCUCAGCUAAGUAGAAUGUGAGGACACUUGCCUCUUCUAAGAAACUAGUGUCAGCAGCCUUUGCCCGUCUUC